AUGAAAUUAGUCACAGAGGAAGAGAUAAAUGCACAUAACACCGCCGUGUUCUGGGGUGGAGUCAAAGGUGCCAUCAUAGGAACUUCAGUCUCUUUAGCCAUCUAUGGUAUUGCCCCUCGAAAGUUCCCAAGAUUAUUCAAGCUUCCAUGGUCUAUCAGAACAGCAGUAGCAAUUAUUCCUCCAACUCUGGCAACAGCUGUGUUCGCCGAGAAGUCUUCCGCUGCAUUUGACGAACAAAUGUAUAGCUCCGAAUAUACGCAGAGAGUCGUGCUUCAAGAGCAUAAGAGAUGGAACUCCAUGUCCAUUGGGCAGAAGGUUGUGGAUACACUGUCCGAGCACAAAUAUAAGAUUAUCACUGGUCUAUGGGCGUUGUCUAUGUACGGAUCGUGGGUGUUCGUCGAUAGAGACCCCAUUUUGACUAAAACUCAAAAGUUUGUUCAAGCUAGAAUGUAUGCCCAAUUCCUGACUGUAGGUCUGUUAUUAGGUUCAAUUGGUCUUUCUUUCUACGAAGAACAACAUGCUGUAGAUCAUACCUCAUUAGCUGAAAAAUCGAAUAGAGAUGGCUGGAAGGUGUUACUGGCUGAGGAGGAACAACGAGAAGCCGAGGAGGGCGUCGAUGACCACAGAAUCAAGAGAAAUAAGAAGAAAGCUAAAGCAUUGGAACCAAAAAAAGUUGAAGAACCAGCAGCAAUGGAGACCAACUAA